AUGUUUUAUAAUGACGAGGAAGAAGAAGAUUGGGGAGAUAAAAAUGAAAAAGAUGCGGAGGAUGAAUUUUAAGACUUAAAUCCAAGUGAACACAAAAAGAGAAUUCCUAAUAACAGACCAAAACUAUAGCCAAAACCAUAGAAGAAAAAGAAAGAGGUACAGGAAUGUGAAUUCGCUAUUGAUGAUCCAAUCAAAAGAAGAUAAUUAGCAAAUUAUUAGCAUGUUCCUGUAAGACUAGAAGCAGGCGAGAAGAUGAACAUCAAUGUCCAAUAUGAUGAUGGUUAGGUUAGGAAGUUUGGCCAAUAAAAGGCUUUUGAGGAGAAGUUGAUUCCAAUCUCAAAGAGUGGAACUUUCAUUUACGAGGCAUCAACAGGAAAGUUAGAAAGAAAGAAUCCUGGAAGACCAAGAGAGGAUACAAGAUCCUUGUUUGAUGAUCCGAAACUGCAAAAGAUGAGAAACAAUUAUGUGCCGAAACUUCUACAAAGAAUCACUACUAACAAUACUAAAGAAGUGGAUGAAGAAGAAGGAGUCUAAGAUCCUGGAGUUUCAUGGAAACCAGUUAAAAGUGUACAUGAAGUCCCAGAAUCCUUUUAUAUGAGACAAGUCUUUGACAAAUCAGCUAGUGGACCUAGGUCUAUUGAUAAGAGCAAGAUUAAAUCAGAAUACGAUGCUUUUAGAUUGUUCUUCGAUAAUGACAUCUAUAAUACAAUUAUCAAACAUACAAGGGAGAGAUAUUAAUAAAAGGUUGAAGAAUAAAUCUAUUCGUAUAUUCAUGGCAUGGUUCAUAUGGGAAUCAGAGCCAAGAAACCUACUUUAAUGCAAUGGGAAUUCACGGAAUAUGAAUUGGAAGCUUAUUUUGCUGUUCAAAUAUUCUUUGGUAUUGUUAGAUUAUCAAACUAAAGGGAUUAUUGGAAGUCUUCUGCAAGGUAGAAGCCUAUAAAGAAGGCUGAGACUGGAAGAAGAAAGUUGAGAGAAUUGGCCUAAGAAAAGAUGGAUCGUUAUGCUCAUUGGGUCACUCAAAGAAUGAGUUCUAUCGUCAGUUAUGAAAAGUUUAAGACUAUAAGAAAUUGUUUGAAUAUCAGUGGGGCUGAGGCAUUAAAAUUGAAGGGCAGAGAUCCCAUCUGGAAAAUCAGAGACUUUUUAAAUCAAAUGAAUAUGAGAUUUGCUAAGUAUUACUAUCCUGGAGAAUUCAUCACUAUUGAUGAGGGUAUGAUUCCUUUUGCAGGAAAGGUUCAAUUCAAAGUGUAUAAUCCAGAUAAACCUACUAAAUGGGGAAUCAAAGAAUAUCUACUUUGUGAUGCUUCCAACACUUACACAUUCCAAUUAAGGUUGUAUCAUGGUUAGACUAUGUGGAAUAACGAUUUCAAAUAGACUAUGUUUGUAAAUGAGGAGGACACUCAACACAGAACCAUGGAGUUGGUGUUGCAGAUGUGUAAGGAUUAUGAACACAAGGCACAUAAGGUUGUUAUGGAUAACUAUUACUCAAGUUGGAUGCUCUUUAGAGAGUUGAGAAAUAGAGGCAUUGGAGCAGUGGGAACUAUUAGACAUAACAGAACUGGUUUAACUAAAAAAGAUCUGACUUCCAAACAUUUCCAACAGAUUUAUAAUCAAUAUCAUUAUGCUUAUUAUUUGAAUUAAUCAAAUGAACUUAUGCUCAUGUAUUUCCAAGGAACAAGUGAAAAGGAAAUUGCUUUGAUUUCGAAUUUCCUUGAUAAUUCUUUAAAUGAACAACAUAUGUGGGAUAUUAGUAAAUAACAUUAUUAUGUCCCUCAUUUAAAAGCUCCUUACAUGAUGUAUGUUUACAAUAAAUACAAAGGAGGAGUUGAUAGAAGAAAUUCAUAUGUGGUCAAAUACAGAUCUCGAUUUCCUGCUAAGAAGUGGUGGCAAAGUGUUUUUGAAAGACUCUUUGAAACAGCCAUCUUGAAUGCCUAUUUGAUCUUUCGAAGUUAUAAUCCUGAAUCAUCAUAUCGAAACAAAGGGUAAAUGAGAGAUUUCAGAAUUAAUCUCAUGUAUCAAUUUGCUGAAAGAUACAAAUCCUAUGAACAUCAACAAGAGGAAAACGGAAAAAAUAGAUUUUCAUACUUUGCUAAGAUUCAACCUCACACCUUUAUUGAAGGAGAAGAAAUUGUUAAAUGUUCUGAAUGUGGAAAUGAAACCAAAGUGUUUUGUCAAGAGUGUACAAUUCUUAAGGCAGAAGUAGUGGGUCUAUGUCAUGAAAAGGAUACCAUUAAAUGUCAAAGAUUUCAUGAAUUUAUGGACUUUGAACUUGAUAAAAACAAAGAAGUCAUUGAUAAAAGAAAAGGCAAGGAUCCAUACAAGCCAAAUUUCUUAGAGAAACUUAAUUAAAGAACUAAUGCUAAAGGCAAUCAAUCAAGUUAAAAGAAAGAAAGUCCUCUGGUCAACUUAUUAAAUAAGAUUAAUGAUUAAAUUAAAUAAGAAGCCAGAGUUAAAUAGGAAGUUAAAAGAGAAGAUAACACUAAUAAAUAAACAACUUAUAUUAUUCCAGAGGUGAAAUCUGAAGAUGAAUCCUCAACAGAUUCUGAUAUCUAUAUACAAAGAACUACAAAUCAAAGAUUAAUUGAAAUACAUCAGAAAAUUGAGUAAAUGAGUAUGUGUUCUGAAGAGUUUUUAAAUGGCUCUGUGGCUAAUAGCUAAGAAAACUUUGCAGAAAGAGACGAGAAUGAUUAAUUUAAUGAUAAUAAUGGUAAUGAUGAUAAUCAAUUUCAAUUUCCUCAAUAAAGGGCUUAACAAAUAGAUGAUGAUGAUGAAUAGAGAAAUAGUAAAAAUGAAGAAUAAUAGAAGGAUUUUAUUAAAAAAAUGAUGGAAUUUGCUGAUGAUGAGGGUAGUGAAAAUGAAGAAAUUCAAUAUCCAGAAGAUGAGGCAGAUCAUUUUUAUCAAUAAUUAUUACAAUAAGAAGAAUAGGCAAUCAAAUAUUAAUAGAAGAAAUAACUGCAAUAAUAAUUAGAAGAAGAAUCUGAAAGAUCAAAUAUUUCACAUAAAUCGAAAAAACAAUAAAAAUUAGAAUAGAAGUUCAUUGAAACAAGUAUGAGAGGCAUCAAACAAUCAUAAAUUCAAUCUAAUAGUGAGAUAGGAUAAGAUCUAUAAAAGAUUAUAUCCGCUUCUUAGGAUUUGAAUCAAAUAAGUAAAUAAAUAACAGAGUCAAAAGGUGACAAUUAAAAUUCAUAGUCUGAUUAAUGA